AUGGCGGCGCUUAACGGAAAUUAUCAGCUUAUAUUACGGAAUUUACAGGUUUGUAAUCUUAUCAGCGGUUAACCAUGCUGGAUUUUUGCUUCCUUUUGACACGGUUUGCUCUUAUGCGCCUGAAAGGGCAUAAUUAUGCCCUCGUCAAUUCCUUCGACACGCAGUUUUUCCAUUGAACCCUGUAAUUUUUUUCUAUUUUACGCUCAGAGGGCUUCACGCCUUUUAAAACAUUGGUUCCAUGUGACCCAUAUUCAGCCGCCGCCUACCACCCUAUAUGUUAGGCGCAACCGGCGUGUGCGUGGGGCACGAAACUCGUUCGCUUGGCGCUGUUGACGCGGUUACAUGGCCAGAGGGACUUUGAUGCCACUGUAGCCCACAACUUGUGGGUUCGUUAUUAUUAGGUUAAAUCGUGUUGGCGGAUCUAAUCAGUGCUUUAAGCCGUCCUGAUAGCCUCGCUUAUCGUGUUGCGUACUUUGGUUGUCUUUUAAGUGGAAAAUUUGCGAACCAGAGCACUGGUGUUUUACGCGCAUUUAUUUGUUCCUAGUGCGUCCGCUUAGUCACCUGGUGUAAUUGGAAUAUAGUAUAGCUCUUUCUGAGACGUCUCUUGGAUACUUCGCUACUCAUUAUGGGACAUCCUAGCCGUUUCUCCGCGUCUUCCCAUUCAUAGUUUGUUUUGACCUAACGUCAUGUUUAUUCAAACUCUGAUUAUCCGGACUUCUUCCAAGGAGUGUAUAGACACCCCAUGCUUCCAAAGAUUCCGUGCAAAGGACGUGAUACUGAGUUGGAAGUCGAGUUUCUGCCAGCUUGAUAGUAAGCUAGUCGUCUGUGACUGUAACCGUAGUCACACUAGCAGGUUCAUCGAAACGAACCGGCCCCUAGUGCCCAAAUAAGUCAUUUAGUGUUGUUCGACGUUUGCAUCUAAUCCUGUUUCAUCUUCCCCUUUUUGAUGGAAACAUAGUGGCGUCACAUCUUAGCCUGGUUACUUGUCAGCAAAGUCGGCGUGUUUCUAUACGCAAGGCAUUGGGGAUUGCGAGGGUGAUAGGAAUUUAACGUUUGGAAGGGAUUAGUCACCAGGGAAACAGUGUCGGGCCGGGUAGAAAUCUAUAAUAUUGAUUUGGUUCCUGUUCCGAAACUGAGGGUUAGUGCCGAACUGGUGUCUCUAGGACGUCAUCAGGCAUUUCUAAAACUGAAGUGUAGGCAUGCUUUUCUGGUGGGCUGAUUUCCCUGUCAGCAGCUGGCACCUUUGAAAGGUCCGGCCAUUGCGGUCACUGCAGUAAAAACACUGCAGGUUUACACUGUAAUUAUAUUGCAAACCAUAUUGAGUCAUUCUGUCUUAAGAAUCUUCGUCACUUAGUCAAAAGUUUACCAUCUUUUCAUGAAUGUCUUAUUCUUGAUUGGAUACGCCUUCACUAUGCUGAGUGCAUUCUCUCGCACCGUUCUCAUCUCCUCAGGCUGAAUUGCUGUAUGACGUGGCUGUGCCGAACUCAUUUUUACUAGGUUAAGGCGUUGGCUCAAAUCAAAACAGUCUUAGAUUUUCGUUUUGACAGAAACCUGAUGCAGCUUGCGAAUUCGAAUUAAAUGAACAAAUCUAAUUAAAGCUAAUCCUUCCCUUAUGACUUUACCAGGAGGUUGUGGGCGAUGCCGAACUGCGCGCCAUCCUGGCCCGCGGAGAGCCUCCUCUCGAGGUGUACUGGGGUACAGCCACUACUGGCAAGCCGCACGUUGCCUACUUUGUGCCCGUCAUUAAGAUUGCGGACAUGCUUCACGCCGGCGCCAAAGUGACCAUCCUAUUUGCUGACUUGCACGCCUACCUGGAUAACAUGAAAGCGCCCUGGAGUCUACUUUGCCUACGUGCCAGUUACUACGAGACCAUCAUCAAGGGCAUGCUUGAGGCGGUCGGCGUGCCACUGGACAAGUUACACUUCAUUCGCGGUUCGGAGUACCAACUAACUAAGUAAGUUCUAUCCGUUGACUCGAUGAAGUACCAUCGUACAGACUGCCCUCCAACUUACAUUAGAUGCUUUAAUUUCAUAGAUGUUUUGGCAGAUUUGGAAUUAUUCAUAUUGACCCAGCUGUGAAAAACUCGGCGCCUCUGUGGGAUGCGAACCCACGCAGUAAGGGGAAGGCUUUAGUACAGCCAGCGAUCUAACCACCUGAGCUGCAGGGCCCCGCCAGACGACGCGAUUUUAAUCACGUUUGGGUCAAAUUGUCCGCCCAGCCUACUGCAACGCCUAGUACCAUCAAAUGUAAUACAGUAAGUUGACACCGUAAGCAGGAUCCCCUGAGUAAUUCACCUACAAUCCACCAGAUGAAUGCCAGGCUUACGCAAUUCUUAGGUGAAUUCUAGGUAAAUUACUUAGGAAAUCCUGCCUGGGCAGUCAGCUUGCUGUAUCAGAUUUAGUGGAUUCCAGAUGUUGCAGUGGGUUUGGCGGGUUACUUGACCCAAAUGUGAUUAGACUCGCGUCGUCUGGCGGGGCCUCGUAGCUCAAGUGGUUAGAGCGUUGGGCGUACUAAAGCCUUCCUCUUACUGCGUGAGUCUGACUCCCACCGAGGCGCCAAGUUUUUCACAGUUGGGUCAAUAUGAAUGCUUUAAUUUAAAAAGAUGCGUAAAUUCGGGAAAAAUUCCGAAUAAUCCAGGAGGGGGCUCAAACCCAUCAGCGAAAGCACCCGAAUAAAAAUUAGCAAAACUCGAACUAAGCGAAAACAAAAGAAGAAGUACUGAAAGCAGAGUAAGAGUGGAUUUUUUUUUCAAAAAAGGCGGGAAUGACGAAAAAGUGGAGGCUUGUAUUAAGAAUGUAAAUUUGAUCCAUGGGAGUGCAUAAUGCGUGGUCAUACAAAUUACUGACUUAAUAAGAUAAUACGCACAAAAACCUUCAAAAGGUCUUCCUAUAUAGCCACCGAGCUAAGUAUCUUCCAAUAAUUAGUGUAAUGAACAGUUAGACAGUUAUUCAGCUUCUUUAUGUUUUGCGAGUCUUUCGAAUGAUAUCCGGGAAUUCGGUCGUCGGAACUGCUGCUAGCUCAGGCUGAUAUAUCUCUUCUUUUGACCUUUGAUGAGGUCGUCGUCGGACCACAGUUUUGUCACGCGCCCAUUUGUCGAGAGGCUGGUUAUAGACUUUGAAAUGAAAACCUAUUUAGCAGAUGUAACCAUAGGCGUACCAUUUUCUGCAUAUUAGAAGACAUUUUCCACGAAAUGCUUGUAUUCUCUGGUUUCGGCUGAGUCGGUGAGACUGAAAACGUUCCUGAAAUGUCAGUACCCACAGUUGACUGCAUGAAAACGUGACUUCUGUAAUUUGUAAUUUUAAAAACUUUCAAAAUACGUUGCUUUUUGAAAAUAUUUCGGCAACGGUAGGAUGAAGGACCCUAAUUAACUGUCGAUAGAUUGUGGAUCCUGUGGUCUUGGCUUUUAUCUUCGCAUCCAUUUUCAGGCCGUUGCUCUGUCAACAGCAAUAACUUCCUGUGACCUCAAAUCAUUGCUCGAAAUCCGCUAUUUUUUGAAAAUUUGCUUUUUUCUUUUUUUCUAUGAACGCCCUCAUUAUCGUCGCCAUGCGAAAGCGUGCGGCAAGGCUUUUGUCGGUCUAGGGUAGAUAUUGGCGCAGGCGCUUGCCUGAAUAUAAAGCAGUGGCGAUUUCAGUCUAAAAGUUUACUCUUUUUCGCCAGCAAAACGACUUAGAAGUGCAUCCUGCUUUUGCAAAAAGUUUCUUUUCGCAAAACGUACAAGACCUUUAGGUAAAAUUGUCGACGUCCGUAGCACCCUGGGCUGACCUGGACCUUUCUGCCUGAAGAUUUCUUGUUUCUUCUGAUCGGACGCCUAAGAGGCGUCACUAAUACCCUCACAGCCGUUUUGCCCGAAAUUUAUGAACGAAAUCUACGAACUCCUUCCCCCGUAAGCCACUUAAAUAGGCUCGGUUAUUAUUUUUUCCUGUCUGUCGUCAGUGAUGCUGAGGCGAUGCUGUGGCCAGAGUACUUCACUAGACCCUUUCGUCAGAAAUGAAAUAAACACCCCUUUUUAUGUCACCUGCGAAAAUAUUCGUACUGGUCUCACGAAAGUGAUGACGCGGAAAACUGAUUGGGAUUUAAUACUACUGUAGACAUGAGAAUUACGCUACUUCCCCAAUCUACUGAGCUCUUUUCACGGCAGCAUUAUGUAGUAGGCCCAUCGUCCAUAAAGUUCCAUCCCUAUUACUGUAGGUACGCUCACAUUCUUUCACACUCUUCCUACUCAGGCACUUUCCACAAUAUUUUGAUCAGUUAGUAAAGUUAAGUCGACAUCACCGACGGUCGGUUUGGGGACAGUGGCUGACCUGGCAAUAAGCCCCCGUCGACGCGUUUUGUAACAUAGUUCGAUCAUCCAUUCUCCCGUCUCGCACCUCGCACUUCCUUCCCUACUCCCCCCUUCAUAGGGCCUAUGGGCAGGACGUGUACAGGAUUAUUGCCGAGGCAAGCAUCCGUGAUGCCCGCAAGGCCGGCGCUGAGGUGGUCAAACAGGUCUCUAACCCUCUCGUCUCCGGCCUCCUCUAUCCCCUUCUGCAGGCCCUUGACGAGGUCUACCUCAAGGUCGAUGCUCAGUUUGGUGGAGUUGACCAGCGCAAGAUUUUCAUGCUGGCAGAGAAGGUAUGUUUUUUCGUCCCUUUCUCUCUCUCGGUUCCCUGUCUCCAAAUAUGGCCUUGCGCUAGGAUUAAGACGUUUGAGCUCGAGAUUAGACACAUACCGAGGUAUGCACCGGUGUUCUGGAAAGGCUCAUCCUGAUUGUCUUGAAUGGUGUCUCGCACGCCUGAACCCUCAGGAGGCUAGUUGUUGGAAGAGUGUAAACUACUUGCUAAGGUUUUGCCCAUACCCCUUACCUUGUUGUACGGACAAUGUAUCCCGCUCCACAGGAGCAGGUGAAUGAGUAAAUACACAUCGAUGGUGUCUGCAACGGGAGUCGGUCUUUACCUCCCAAGCGACUCCCGUUGCAGGCCAUAUCGAUGUGUAAUUACUCAUUCACCUGCUCCUGUGGAGCGGGAUCCAUUGGCCAUACAACGAAACGCCUGGAAAAGAGAGUACGUGAACACAUACCGACCGGGCCAGGCAGAGAUGAAAAGAAAUCGAUCUCGAGUUCUAUUCUCGCACAUCUUGUCGAUACGAAUCACGGAGUCGAUGCCAAAGGAGCUUUUCAGGUUUUCUGCCGGACACCAGCAAGCUUCUCCAGAGGCCUACGCCAACGGGUGCUAGUUACAGCCGAGGCAGUGGCUAUACGACUAGCCAAUCCAGUGCUAUGCUGUCAGAAGACUCUGACACAGGCUCUCUGUCUUCCGACCCCAACGUCGCCCCAACCUCCUGAUGGCAGUGGUGUGUGCACAAAGUACCCGACGUACAAACACUACUCACAACCUAUGUCCCCCCUCCACCUCGCCUCCUUGGCCCAAUGACCACGACACGCCGACCACGCCAUAGCACGCCUCGCCAUGCGAGUGGCGUGGGAAUGAUGUGUGUUGUGGGAACGGUGAUGGGUGUUAAUAGCCCCUGGAUCACUUAUAAGCCCUGCAACGUCGCAUAAUUUCAACUUCUAUGUAACUGUUUUGGCCUGAUGACGAGUAGCCGAAAACACGUGUUUGUCAAUUUGACUUUUCAAUUGUAACAUGGGAAUAUUCGCUACGGUUUUGCUCAUACCCCUUACUGAUACUGUGCAUAAUGCCUUCCAGGCGCGGCGAGCCGUGUCCAACGGCGAGGACCGCAUCCAUGCACUGAUGGAAUAUUUUUAGUCGAGUUUUGGCCGAUCUGUUUUUUUAGAGUUGGCACAGUUGGAGGUGGGCUCACCGGGACGGACUUACUGUGUUGCGUUAAGGCGUUAAAUGCGCAAGGCCGAGCAGUAAUCCCAUUGACAUGCUGGACUGGUCGGAUCCUUGAACCGAACGAUUUCCGUUUUCUUUUGUAUCCGAUUUCUCGCGGAUGAAUGAGAUGUUCGAUGACUGUCUGCUUUAAGGGCCAUCACCUCAAUGAAGCGGGGUUGAGCCCUUUCCUCGAACUGUUUUGCACCCUUGUCGGGUGGGUCACGAGUUUAACUUUGCAGCCGCCAGGAUAGUCGCCCACGCCGGAAACAAAGCAAACCGAGAAUUGAUUGAAGCCUGGGCCUCGGAUGAGAACUCGGUCGAUCGAUUUAUCGAUCUGGCGCCGGCGUACAGAGCCCUGCGUAGUCACCUCCAGUCUUGCGUCGUCGGUCGAUGAUUGGGCCUACGUGCCUUAUAUCUGCCGUUUGUUCUGUUGCUGCUGCUACUUCUGACGAUGGACUCCUGUGCGAGUCUGAAAGCUCAGGACAAUGAACAAAGUAUUCCGGUUCUCGACUCUUCUUCUUAACUUAUGGUGGGCUUGUUGACAGGAGUUGUCUAGUCGGUUCAAUGUGAUCAUCCUGUUCUGGACAUUUUGUGGGGCAAUGAUUCAGGACUUUGGAAACUGAGGGAAGGUCAGUAUGCCAGUUGGUGGCGUCGGCAUCGGGAUGCCACGCUUCAGGUGCGAGCCAUUCUGUCCUCGACCUGCCCCGGCUCAGACUUGUCGCGCUUUCAAGGUCAUAAGUGUUACCACUUUCUCUAAUCUAUAUUGAACUCUGCGCGUCUGAGUCUACUCUCCGAGUUGCCAGUUUGUACUCUACGUAUGCGGGUCUGCAAUUUCCGUCUAAAGUCUGUGGCGCGUACACACUCCUCUCUGAAACGUCAACAAUGUAAUUAGUGGUAGGGGGCGCUCACCGAUCGUUCUUACGGAACUCACUCGUUCUGUUGUGCCUUACGGGCUCUCUCUCAAACCCAACCAGCAGCCGCACUGGAUAUGACUGGCUGAAGACGGCUAAUAAGCCAGAGCUAGCCAUUCCAGUCUCCCUUGCCUUCGUCGGCAAUAACAUACUGCCUAUAUAAUGCGCCGCUGUGCCGCUGCUGAUUGGACUCGAGAGAGAGCCCGUAAGGCACAACGGAACGAGUGUGUUCCGUAGAAACGAUCGGUGAGCGUCCCCUACCAUUGUAUAUUCCCGAUCGAAACCAACAGGGCAACGGGCUCGUGUCUCAGUGGUUAGAGGCGUUGGACUUCUAACUAACGAGACCCAGGUGUUCCACGCCUCGGGAUUGGGUAUGACUGGCUGACGACGGCUAAUAAACCAGAAAUGGCCAUUCCAGUCUCCCUUGCCUUUGUCGGUAAUAACAUACUGCCAAUAUAAUAAGUCCGUUCUGAUGAGGUAUUUAUCGAACUGUUCUUCAACUUAGAAGCAGGGCCAGGUUUCAGGGCACCAGCGUCUAACUUAUGGAGCGGGCAGUGAAGAAUUAUAAAACCACAGAAGCUUUGCAAUUCUAUCAGUAAGUACUAGCUAGAUUUUUAAUAAAACCAUCACGGUAGCCUCAUUCUUCAAAUUCAAACAGUUUUAUAUGCCAGCCUCUCAGGGAUAUUUAUAUUUUUUAUCCCUUAAGUACACAAUUUGAAGAAGCCUUUUUUUAACUGAAUCAUGGUAAGAAGUAGAUUUUUUGUUUACUCUAUAAGAACUAUGAGUUACUUUAUUAAAAUAUCGAAAUAACAUGCCAAACUACAUCCUGAUUAUCGAUUUUUCACUUGAGUGCGAUGUGCGUAAGUCGUCAAGAGCCAGUACGCUGCUGUAUACUCAUUAGCACAAAAUUGCAUUCCCUGGUAAUGAGCACUACGACCGCGGGUAGACAAUUGUUUCUUUAUGCAGACACAUACGGACAUUUCGAUUACUGUUUCACACACUUCGUUACAUAAUAGAAGUCCUUUGAGGAGAUCGUUUACUCGGACUGCCUCACCUUCCCUACUCUUUGCCGUCCGUUAUUGUUUGACAUGUGCAGGGUUAGAGCAGGGACAGUGACCCAGGCGUGAGUUAUUUUACGGUGGUAGUAGAUUUGCGAAGCAUCCACCCUACUCCCCCCCCCCCUUCCUUCCCAACCUGGAUCCGGUGUCAAAACGGAGUCAAAAAGACCAGAGGCGGAUGGAGUUGCAGGUGGCUGGGACGGUGUAAACCCGCACCUAGGCGUACCACCUUAUCCCCUGGUUCAAUCCGAAGACUGACCAGGACUUUCUACUGCAACAAGGAUAGAAAUGGUUCACCAUGCAUCAGUAGGCGGGGUAAAAGUAACGCAGAAUUCCGAAACCGACAAAUAUUCUCUUUGGAGUAGGGGAAAGUUUUGAAAGACAUGAUUAUCCGUCCUCAUCUAAUAACCGAUGAGUGCUUAAUGUCAUGCAUAUGAAGUAACCUGAAUGAAACAGCCGAACUUUGUUGCAAAUGUGAAAAAUCUCAGGGUAAUUAAAUGGAAAUUCUUUGUUUGACCAGACACUGUGUCAACUUGUCUGCGUUUCCUUCCACCUCUAUCUUGCCCACAGUAUCUGCCUCGACUGGGCUACAAGAAACGUAUCCAUCUGAUGAAUCCCAUGGUGCCGGGCCUGACCGGCGGCAAAAUGUCAGCCUCCGAAGUGGACUCGAAAAUCGACCUUCUUGAACCGAGCUCCUCGGUGAAAGCCAAACUGCAGCAGGCUGUCUGUCCGCCUGGUGUCACGGCCGCCGACGGUAAUGGUGUUCUCGCCUUCCUGAAGUAUGUCGUCUUCCCAUUGGUGCAUCUGGAUGCCGCCAAGGGUGAGGCCUCGGUAGUUGUUGCUCCGUUUCCGCAUUCUUACUUUUAUCCAUACUCCAGGCCAUUGAAAACAAACCGCGCCGUUGGGCCAGACGAAAGGGAGGACCGCGUAUGCCUGUGGCUUCACGCCACGUCAGCCACUGCGUCCGUUUUGACGUCCCGUCGUCCUGACGUUCCCAUCCAACACUUCCUUUCUUCACUAUAAACAACCGUACUAGACCGUGUGUGGCACGUGUAGACGGUCUUUUUAGCUUUAUUAGCCCUCGAACCUGAACAAACCUCUGGCUGUCUUUACAUAAUCUUGUCAACGAAGCAAGGUGUGCGAAAGAUGAGAAAGUGCGAUAGAUGCUGCGAAAGUCUUCGAUCGACCGCCUAACUUUCGUUGUCGACGAUGUCAGCCAUGUGCUCUACUACAGGGUGAGAGCAGGGACGGCGACUUGCGCAUGAGCUACUAUUAGGCGACAGUAGACUUGCGCCGCAUCUACAACACUCCCUCCUCCUUCUCCUCCUCCUCCUCCUCCUCCUCCUCCUCCUCCUCCUCCUCCUCCCCUGGGUCAGGUGUCAAGACAGUCAAGAAGGCCGCAGAUGGCCGGCACGACGAAAACCCACACCUAGGUGUACCACUGCACCCAUUGGUUCGCAACGUACACUGGCCAGGACUUUAUACCAUAACAACAGUGGGGGGACGUUACGGAUCCCAGUUGGUGCAGCGUGAGCCAGCAACUGGGCCUGCCACUACACCCCAAUGGGUAUGGGUGUGAAUUCCCGAUAACACCUGCCGGACUCCGACCUGGCCCUCAGUGUUGGUCCAGCGCAUCUAUCGCGUAGCCCGCUUUAGGGGCACAAGUCUGCGAUCACUACAAACUAAUUCGCACGCUCCGUGAAGCACGUGACGCGGACGCUGUGGCUUUGGACGGUCGAAUUGUCGAAUACAUGCCUGACACGCCUCCGGUUAAGGGGAGGUCAUCUUGCUGGGAGACGGAGAACGGGCCAAUAAUGAGAACGAUGCGUCUCCUCUAGCAUGCAUCUAUUUAGAAAUUGGGCCCAGGCUGUGGCAUCGGUAGUCUAACAGGCGUUCCUUAUGCCUCUUGUAGUGUCUGGUUAUUCUGUUUGACAUUAUAUAUAUAUAAUGGUAGGGGACGCUCACCCUUCCUUUUUUCUCUGUUGUACCAGGAGUCUCCUGCGGAAAAUCCGACUUUGCCGCCUACGAGGGAUUGGAGGCAGCCUAUCUGAGGGGUGAGGUCUCGGCGAACGAUUUGAAGGAGGCCGUUUUUAGCCACCUGGACUGCCGUAUGGACGGUCUUCGACAGAGCUUUACCAAACCGCCCUUAACCACGCUUUUGGCCAAUGCAUACCCCACGCAUGAGUCAGCGGCGGCCGAGUCGGCUAUGAAACACGCAACAGGUUUGUUCAAUUUUAUACCCACAUGUCGUAUACAGUAGUUAGUUUAACUCAUAAAAUGUGAGUUUCGCAAUGAAAUCCCUGAAAUAUUAAGUCGGCCCACGCUGCGUCUUCCAAAUUUUCAGAGCACCAAAGAAACGACCCUUAUUUAAAAGAGGACAGAAUUUGGUCUAUAAUUUAAUAUUUACCAAUACUGUUCGUUGUUUACUAGUACUUACUAAUUUUUCCCCCAAAACUCGAAUUUCAGGAGACGAAUACAUUUCCAACCAUUUGAUUAAGACUAAAUAUAAGGGCGCCCAACUAAGAGUAUGCAUGAAAGUGAGAGAGUAAUGAAAAAUAACAAAUACAAAACGGUACUUUGUUGAUUGUCCGUUCUCAUUUUAAACGGAAUUAAGCCUUUCAGACAUGGAGACAGCAAAGUUGUCUACUGUUUUUUUUUUCAACAUGAUUAUUAAGCACAACAUCAUGCUUUUCCUGCAUUGCUAGUUCCUCUUCGCAAGCCUAAAAGAUUUUAGAUAGGAUUAAGAUCCCCGUUGGUCAGCAAUCGAAAUAAUAUGUAGGUCGUCGACGGCAGGGUUGGUUGUUGACUGAAAAGCUACACUACGCGACCUAACAGAUGAAAGGCUUAGAAAUUUGCAAAUGAUCGCUAAUUGCCCGCAGACCGACACCAAUGCGUGAAUCCAAUAAUAUUAGUAAAUAAUAACUCUAGGAGGUCGAAAACAAAAGAAUUAAUUUGCUUGGAAAUGCCACUUUUUAGGAAAUCGGAAAAUUCCGGGAAUGUCAAAAAUGGUUGUUAUUUUGUAAUCUUUAGUUUUCGAUGUACAGAAAGCCUGUCUAUGCAACACACUGAGUGAACAUGAUAGUACAAACAGGGUAACCUCCGAAGAUAAUCGUCUAGUGAAGUCCACAUUUAAAUAUCUUUUAAGAAUUUGUGUAAUGUCAGGUAUAGCGGUCUCCCGAGAAUUCGUUGUAUCUUUUUCGCUUUUGUGUCAAUUUAGAUGCGAUUCAUUAAGGCAAACAGGAUUUUUCUUGAUUUCACCGGUAGGGACGUCAUAGGAAUAAACGUUUUCAUAAGGCCACAUGUUGCCACGCUUGUCGUUGAUCGAUGAAUUUGAGCAGGUCUGGCAGAUGUAAUCCCAAACAUGCCAUUUUGUGUAAAUAAAGUGAACUCUUCUUUCAAGAAAUUAACUUGCACUUUUCCUUUGUUCUGGCUGACGCGGAGUUUCAGAUCGGCCUUUGAAAUAUCGCUGAAUACGUCGGGAUUUUCUGUGUUUUCAGUUGAUUGCCCAUAAAGACAGAUUCUGCGUUAUGCGUUUAUUAAAACCUUCAAAAUCAGAUGCUUCUUAAAAGCAUUUACUGCAGUAAUGAGCGUUUGGACGUUCUUUUUCAUGCCUACGGUCGUUUGCGUCACAUUUGAAGGCUCAUCCAAACGUGAAACCUCAUUGUCGCAUAAAAUGGACGUCCACGACAAAAGUCCGCAACAAAUAUGCUUUCGAUCAGGUAGAAAACUUUCUCUGAUAAGUUAUCUUUUUAGAAGUGUUUUAGUACCGCAUUCAGUUGACGGAUGUACGUGUAAUUCACAUUUUUACACGGGAAACCAAGAAAGAAUUUGACACUUUCGGCUGUUUCUUUCACGUCACCAAAAAACACGGAAGGACAUGCCAUUCUCUUUACACUGCAACCAUUUUCAUUAUUUAUUCUCACUUUCGCGCUCCGUUCUACGGCUAUGAAUGCACGACACAAUAGCCAUAUAAAUAAUGAUAUUUUGUUGGAACUGUUAAUGUUUUGCUCCUUCCGUUUCUAAAUUACGUAUGUGUAGAAGUUAGACCGCACGAUUGCUCUCAUCAAGUUUCAUGAGUUAGGCCACAUGCUGUAGAUUAUACUUGCCCGCAUUACCGGAGUGGCACCUCCUUAACUAGCUGAAAAGGAGCAUUAUCUUUUUGAAUUAUGCUCUUCAUUCGACGUUGAUGGAUGUCGUUUUAGCCGAAGACAUCCCUCACCAUGUUGAUGAGCACCUUGCUGUUAGUAUUUUCUGCUGAAGAGGAGCAUUAUCGUUUUGAAUUAUGCUCUUCAUUCGACGUUGGUGGAUGUCGUUUUAGCCGAAGACAUCCUUCACAAUGUUGAUGAACACCUUGCUGUUAAUAUUUUGCUGCUCUCCGAAUUCCAUAGCCAUCCAAACUAUCAACUGUCGAAAGUGUUUGAAGGUUACAGGCGAUGUAGCGCGCACUGUUGGGAAGUUCUUGCCACAUAUGACCAUCUGGGUCGCAUUCUUAGGCUUAUCCAAGAAUAAGACCUCACCACGGAAGAAAGCACCAAUCCAAAAUGAGGGCUUGUAAUCAGCCUACCUCUUAGCCAAUAAGGGGAACUUAUCUAAUCAAUUUCUUAUUUAAGAUGACCUUGUCAUGGCUUUUUGCAAAUGAGGCACAAAUUCCCUCAUCCUUUUCGUAGUUGUCGCUUUAGGGAACAUCGGCAACUGUUUCCUGUUAAAGGCUUCAACGGACAUAUAACGAUACUUAUUUCGGGUUCGACGAAUAAAAAUCGUAGUCUUACUUACUUGUAGACCAUUCUAGUCCGUCCUGCUUAUUUCUAUCUCUGAUAAUUCGCCAAAGCGCGACCGCGCUAAUACUAGAUGCUAGCGGCUGACGCAACAGCUCUACGGCUGCCAGUCCUCGCAUCAGUUUCUUCAGUGUAGGAGCAUUCCUCGACCACUGUAAGCAAGGUGUGUCGACUUGCAAUAAUAAUAAUAAUAAUAAUAAUCAUCAUCAAUACAACGUAGUUGUUGCCUGUCUGAAGUACGGUCGGGCACUCAGAUUCUCAGGUACUGGAUAUUUUUUGCAAAUUAAAUACUCCUUCAAACUGACUUAUACCCGCAUGAAUGACUGCGGGUGUUUCCCAUUUGCCGCCAAUUUCCAUCCUCUAGAAACCAAAUAUAACAUGGGGUGUUUGGAAUGGCGGAAAUUAUUAAAGAUAGAACGGCCCCAAAAGACGGCAAUUCGAUGAGUUUUUUUUGGGCGUUAUUAACCAACUGCGUUGCCGUCUUUCGCGCAGAAAGGCAGCAAGUCGAUUCCUCUGUCCGGAGUCAGCGCAUGUAGGCACAAGAAAACGACAUCCUGGCCAUAAAUUCCAUUUACACUUCAAAAGAAAACCCAUCAAUCAGGCGUCUGUGCCGGUAACGCGAUUUUUCAAAUCUACUAGCUGGUAAAGCAAAGUAAAAAUUGAAGAGUCGGUUGGCGAACAUGUGUUUUCGGUAACUCAUCAUCAGACCGAUACAGUUACCAGGGUAAUGAUCAUUCGAAUUGUAGACAGGGGCAGGGUUAAUCGGGCUCCAUGUUCUCACUCCGUCCGCAUAACGGAGUCAGCGUGUUGAGGAUGCUGGAGUUGGGGUGGGAGGGGGAGGGGGGUGUCGGUUAGAUUGUAAGCGCUGUAAGUGCGUGUCACUGCUCUCAGGGCGUCGGGACGGCGUGCGAUCAGCGUCUGGAGUCGGUCAGGGCAGACAGACUGCUUGUGUCAGCGUCUUCAAACAACAGAGUGCUGGGUUCGCUAGUCGAAUGGCCAGUGCUUCGGCUGUGGCUAGUACCCGUUUGUGCAGGCCAAAGACUACGUUAAUGUACAAAUAAGCGUCUUAAAACACGAAAAGGACUGAGAGUGAAUAAAUAACAGGCAAUGCCGUCAUAAAUGCAAAGGCCAGUGGAUUGGAUGCAAACCCCUCCCGCAGACUGGACCCCACGCCUGACACGCGCAAUCGUAGUCACCUUUUGUAGUACAGGGAAUGCUGGAUAGUCACAUCUGUUUAAGCGAGGAUCUUUAACUGUCAUUUCCCAACUUCUUCAGACUCUGCUGCAGCCUCCCUCUCUUCGGAGCACAUCCGAUCCCUGACCGAGGUCUUCUCCAAGCUCACAUUCACGGAGGCAGGAAUGUCGCCGGCGGAGGCUGGGACUACUCUAGAGGCCAUCUGCUCUCUCCUGCCUGAAUCACGAACCGCCCUCAGUGCCAGACUUGCCUCUGGCAACGGGUCGAAGUUCAUUCGCUGCUUGUGGAGCCUCUCACCCAGUGGUCUGCCCCACCUAGGCCACACAGUGGCACUGCGACUGCUGGCUCAACUCUCACGCAUCACUGGCGUUCAUGUAAGUCCCAUCCUCCUCACUCCUAGCCCACUUUGAUGUUGGAUUUGGGCCCAAAUUGCAGGUGUUCCCCUCCGACUACAGCAAAUAAACCAGUAGGAACCGCUGCAUACCUCCUGAGUUUUGUCGUGCUACUUCUAAAUUGCUGGUCGUGUGUCGUCAUACCAUCGGGUCGAGAGGGGGUCCUAAUUUGAAGUCGCCGUAUUUCGUUUUGCAACUAGAGCAGAUUGGCAAACAUCACCUCCACGUGGUGACUUUGCAUAAUCUCAAUCAAAGCCAACAAGGGGUGAACGGGUGGCUGAAGUAUUAGAGCUCCGGGACCAAGUGAAUCCAAUUACAAAUUUCUGCACUCCUAAGACUGUCGUGGGGCUCUGACGGCCUAGUGACAGCAAAUAAUUAACCAGAAAUUACUAUGGCAGGCUCCUUUGCCUUUGCCAGUGGUACUUCUCAGCACUAUGCGACUAUCCUAAAAGGGCUGCGGUUCGUAACCCCAGCUACGAUAUGAUGAUAAUUACCAUGGUAGAGGGGCGCUCACUGAGCGUUUCCACGGAACUCAGUCGUCUCGUUGCGCCCUACGGGCCCACUCUCGAGCCCAACCAGCAGCCGCACAGCUGCGCAGGAUAUAGGCGGAAUAGUAUUACCGGCAAAGACAAGGGAGACGAGUGUGUUCCGUAGAAACGAUCGGUGAGCGUCCCCUACUAUUGUAUAUUCCCGAUCGCAACUGGCAAGACAACGAGCCCGUGGCUCAGCGGUUAGAGGUGUUGGAUUUCUAACUAACAGGUCGCGGGAUCGAGCACCAGGUGUUCCACACUUCGGGGUUAGGUAUGACUAGCUGGCGACGGCUAAUAAGCCAGAAAUGGCUAUCCCACUCUCCCUUGCCUUUGUCGGUAAUACUAUUCUGCCGAUAAUGACCAUUCUCGAUUACGACGUGCAAAAAGGCCAGUGUGGGCGGUGUUGCUUAUCACGAUGGUUAUGCUGCCCGGAAGGUAGAUUCUACUUCCAAUUAGGGUAAUCUACCAACCUGCCGUCCAAACGAGCCAAGUCCUACUGCGCGUGGGUAGGUUGACAUUUAAAGUACACACACACACACCGUCAUUCUCCUAGUUAAUGCAUGGCAUUAACCGGCAUCUCCCCUCGUCCCUCGCUCUCCUGCCGUAGGUGAUCAUCCUGAUCGACGACAUCGCCGCCUUCCUCCAAGGCGAAUGUUCCUGGCAGCUGAUGAAGCCUCGGAGCGUCUUUGUGGAAUGCGUCGUAUCUAGCGCCUUCAGGGCCCUCGGUGGGGACGCCAGUCAUAUGACGGUUCUCCACGGCAGCGAUUUCAAAUUCGAGGGGUGAGUACGCCUGUCCCCCUUUUUCCUUGACCCCCCCCCCUGCCCUGUAGUCGGUGCAUUUGACUAUAGAAUUGCAGACCUGGGCGAAAUCUACCGUAAAUUAAGUAGAGCCCUUUCCAACAGGUUUCUUCAUGUUGGCGAGUGGGGGGAUGUUCCGUCGAAAUUGACUUGGAGACGUGUUCUCUGCCAGUAAGUCUUGCGGCCUCCCCGAAGCAGCGUUGAGCCCAAGACGACGGCUGAUUCUUAUGGACUAAUGCCAUAUUCUCAGUACGUAGACGCAUCAAAGGAUUUCGGUCCGAGUUCCUGCAAUUUCUGUGCAUCCUAUGAGCCUCAUGAAGACCAGGAUCAUGUUUCAAAUGAAAGCAUCCUCUUCUUUCCAGAUGAAAGAAAAACUGCAGAAUCAUCGCAAGGUUACAGUGAUCCGAAACUCCUACAAGCCUCUUACCUUUUUGAUGUACACACAAAUUCCAGGCCUCCUCAGCGAUGGCCUUUUCAUCAACAGCAAUAAUCAAUCCUCACACCCCAAAACUGCCCCCACUGUCAGCUCACAUCUACAGUUAGACUUGGAUUCGUCAGUCACCUUCGAACACAGCAUAUCAGCUAAUAGCAAAGUCCUGCAUCUGUCAACAGCAAUCAUCGCUAGCCAACUAGUCUGCAGUGUGUCUCGUAUGUGAAGUCAGAACCGAAGUUUUACAGUGUCCGCUAAGACGGCUACCUCAUAAUCGAUCAGAAUGGGAGAAUGGAAUUCGUUUGUGACGUCAGCCACUGGUAGCAAUGCGGAUGGCAGGGCGAUGAAAUGGUAACAAGUGAUCAACCCAGUACUGCCGCCAAAUACAGAGUUUACCGGAAUUCCGGCCACAUAAUGCAACCCAACAAUGAGCAAGGCGCGACGAAUCGUCAAACCCGCGGCGUUCGGGAUUACAACCAAGGAGUCCAAUGGACGAAGCCUUCGACGCGGAACAACAGUAAACACCCCGUCCAGACAUGCUGCCACUCACAAUUGAUGUCGACCUCGAUGGCCAGCGGUCCACCAUGCUGAGGCGGCAGAGUAAUCACCAGUGCAUUGUAGGAGAGGGGAAAAGUACGGCAGAGUCAACAGCAGUAGCAGUGCAGCGUGUCUCCUAUGCAACAGUGUAAGAGGUCAGGACCCAAAUUGUACAGCGGACGUUAAGAAAAGCACCUCCUAAGUGAUCAAAAAGAGACGCAGAACCCCUUUUUAAAAGCCGAAUGCCAGAUCGAUGAAAUGGCUACGAAAGAUCAAAAAUGUCACCCCAAAAUCAAGGAAGGCAGGUGAACAAAACUGUCGCGAAAGGGCAAAACAGCAGCACAGCGACAUCUACGCGUGAUGAACACUAACUGGAACAUUAACUAACGUGAACCAGAUUUUCCCUAACUCUCAAUCUAAGCUGUGAAACGCUGCCGACGCCUAAUUAUAUCUCCCUGCACAGUCACAUUGUAAAAUCGCGUUGCAAACCCAAGUCAGUCUGUUUGAGUACUUGUGUGUCCACGCACAAACGCACAUAUCCGACACUAUCUUUCGAAACAGUACUAUCACAAAAUAGAGAAGCUCUGGGCCAUAUUCUUCAACCCACAAAUAAGCAAAGCAGGACGAAACGCCAGACUGGCGGCGUUCGGAAUUACAACCGAGGAAUUCAACGGACGAAGCGUUCGAUGCCACGGCUGCACAAUCUCCGUCCUGACAUGCUGCCGCCCCCCACCCCACCCCGUGGCUCUUACAGCGUCUCCAUAUCCAUAACAACCACGCACCAGCAUCACUCCUCCAUUCGCUCGAUGUCCACUUAGAUUCCAAUCAAUAAACAACAAGUCAGAUAGGGAAACUGAUGAAACGGUGCAGCGCAGGCCACAGCAGGUGAACUAAUAACACCCAAGGACGGUCGACAGUAGCACAGAGCUGUAUGUAGGGAAUCACCGUCAACUUUCACAAUAACAGCCCAAUAAUGAUGGGAAGUGUUUAAUACACUACCGGGGAACGAGACGACGGCCCAUUAACCAUGCACGUCAUAACUGUCAGAUCUUUUAAUAAAAUCUGUAGCAAAUGGGAGGCUAAUCGCUGUAACCAUGUAAUCAGCCUUACCAUCACUGAUGCCUGCAGAGAACGAGCUCUCCACUUAAAUGUCAAUAAGCGUCACGCAUUGGUUCACCGUAUGAAUGUCACCGCGAACUUCUGACUGAACCCAGUUUUAUGCCGUAGACAGUCACAUUGUCAAGUAUUCUGAACUCUCUCAGAGAUGAAGGCCUAACCUGGCAGUCAGUCAGAUCAUACACCUCUCUUGGAGAGAUUACUGAUACGUCCUCAGCCUUUUUUUAAAGGACCGAAUUAUGCUGCUCCGGGAAGCGAUGAACAGGCAUACUCGAAGCUGAUCACCGAGCUGGAAGAAUGCACUCUGUCAUGUGCGUCUUCAAAGUGGAAAUCGAUCGGUCACCCAAUCGGGAAAUGGAUUUUUUGAUGGCACAUAAGGUCCUGUCGCGAAAUCAGCUACGACGCUCGCCCGAAUAGCUACCACAGACGGUGAUUUUACUCGGCUUUUGUUAACCGAAACGGGUGAAAGUAACGCAUGACAGCGUUUCUCGAAACACAAGAGGGAGAAAGAGCCUGGGAUACAGGAUUCAUGAUAAAGGCGGCAGGAAGGCAGAAUGUCGGCGAAGAAAUUGUCUGACAUUAGGAAUGGAGUCUAAAAAUGCCGGAAGCCACAUGAGAAAGGGGGAAUAAAGGACGGGACGCAAAUGAAGGACGUGCAAAUAAAACAGAAGGGAGGUAAGAGAAGUAGAAAUAGAAUGACGCACAAGGAUUGCUCGAAAAGGAAACCUGACAUGUCCAAAAUUGUGUAGAAUGGGAGCGAAUUGGACAAAGGCGACAAGUUAGCGGAGUGGGAAAUGAGACGAAAGCCCCAAGCCCGCCGACUUGACAAACGCAUUCUAAUGGGAGCCACAAAUGAAUAGAAAAUCACCUGGAUAGAGCGUAAAUUGCAUAGCAGAUCGCAUACGCGAUGGACGCCAGGUGGUUUCUCGAGGAUGGUUAAUAAGUUAGGUUUUAAAGUGGAUGUUGAAGCGUGUCGGAAACGGAUUAUCUUUAGAUUGUUUUAUGACAGCCAAGAUGGCCAGGCAUCCCUAAGGCGUGAAGGCGAGGACUUUGAGCGAGUAGGCCUAUCAGAGUAGGAAAAGUGAAGUAAGCAGGCACGUGGACAGUUGUUAACACCGCGCUGAAAUGUUCACACCCGAAUGAACCGGUGACGCCUUCCUCCAAUAGUCCGAAAAAAAUGCUCCCCGAAGACGGUCGGUGGUGAUGUUAGACCCGGUAGCUGGCUGAGCAUUUGUUCUCAUCUUUCAGAUGACUCAUAUGCGGUUCUUUCCAAACCUACGGUGGCCCGGCUCCACUCCUCCGGCUGUCAUGUCAGUAGGCGUUGCUAUAAGGUCACGUUAAGCCGGCUCCCUCGCAACCUGGUUUUCACCCCGAGGAUCAAGUUAGCCCAUCAGCUGUCAAGUUUCCAAGUCCGGCUUCUAGUCCACCGUGGUAAUUUAAUUCUGCAUUGGAUUGGUUAUAGUGGGACGGGGCCGCGUAGCGACAUUGAUUUCGCUGGCUUCUCUAUCUCUCUCUUUGCGACCGAGUACAACUUGCAAAACUGAGUCACAGGCCGACCGGAGCCGAGUCCGGACGCGAUGAUCAGUCAGACCUUGGCAUCCGCCCUGCCGAUGUUGCACACCUGACCCGUCAAAUGCCACCCUUGACAAAGGUGAUUGCCUGCUGCCUCUUUUGCAUGUCCCUGAACUGCAUUUUAUCUUUCAGGCAGAGAGAAUUAUCUAGCAUUUACCUCUACCUCCCCUCACCCAUUUUAAUGCUGCUGCUGCUUCUGUCUGCUUUAGAGCUUACAUGCUGGACCUCUAUCGCCUGGUCAGUCUGGUGCCUGAACAGGACGCCGCGCAGUUCAGCGGAAUCUCUGCUGCCUCUCUGACUGGCGACGAUGACGCUUCGGGUGCAACUGCGGCUCCUGGAGCCGGCCUCUCAGCCCUCAUCCUGCCCUGCACCGAUAUGCUUGACACUGUGCAUAUUCGGGCCGACAUUCGCCUUGCCAGUCCGGCCACAUCCGAGCAACGAAGGCUGUUUGCAGAGAAGGUAUGAACUCCCCUGUGGGCGGGUUUCUGUUGGUAUAUGCUGUGCAGCUUUCAGCGUGCAGUAUAUGACAUGCGGCAAGUCAGAUCGCACUGGGCUCGUUAUCGUUGCGGUGCCUGCUUUUGGUAAUAUAUUGGAGGGAGUCUUUCACGCCACAUCAGUCAUUGCUCCUGAUCUCUCCGCCACCUGGAGGACAGGAGGAGUGAGUUUGAAGGGCGCACUAUAUGUCAUGCCUUUGAAGGUUGGCAACUGACGAGCUAACUUCGUUCACCUGUGGUAUGACAGUCAGGAUGCCCCGGUUCCUUCUGAAUGUCGCCCUUGUGGCACCUCACACGCUAGACGGGGACAUUGCAUCAGACCUGCAAGUGCGUCCAAUAUCGGCCUUGACUCAGCUGUCCACUGUCACGUGGGAGCGGAAUGAGCAAGUAAGGCCGACCUAGCGCUUAGUUUCUGUCGCCUAAACAAUCGGACGAUGCGCCAGUAGUCGUUACCUGCAUGUCGCCGACUGCCGUAACAAUUAGAUUGUACUCAGGACUGAUCGACAGUGCACCCUAGUGUCCCCUUACGACACUCAUGUGGGUCCCGAACUACCUACUUCCUGUCUGGCCCACACAAAACUAGGUCGCGUGUGUGGCACGCGUAGGCCGGAUGUUUUGCUUCGUCAACCACUUCGCCCACGCUUGUCUCCAGUUCUUUUGACUCUGCCUCGCCAGUUGAGCGGGGGUGAGCACGCGUAGACCGACAAACGCCCAGCUCUAGGAGCGAGUCCGUAAGUACCCAACCGACCAAUCAGGAGGCGCUCUCGACUGCCUGGUCGGAGAUUGGCUCCGUAGGCUCCAAGAUAGGAUCGAACUUAAAAUUAUUCAGCAAAGCCAAGGGCUUUAACGAGAGGGAAUAAAUACUCUCUGUUUGCGUUAUUUGCAAGUCGGGCGUGAAAACUUAUGGAACUGAGAUUUAAAUCGCUGCCUGUUGUCGCUUGGAAGGGAUUCCUGUUGCUAGUAAGCUAUAAUGCCGCCAAUCAUACAACCUAAUCACAAGUAAGCUCAUACUCCGUAGCAUGCUGGCUCUCCACUGAGGAACCUACCUAGCUAACCACGACAAUUUUGUCCGAGACUAUUACUAUUUCAGUGAUUCUUUAAGGUGCUCCACGUCAGAUGAUUUGACAAUGGCGAAGGUGUCAUCGGUUGACCCGAAUAUCUAAUUCACGAUGGAAGCCGAAAGAAACAACCAACUUCCCUUCCUCGAUGUCCUUGUGCGUCGGUGUGCAACCGGGCAAUUACAAACAACCGUUUUCAGAAAAGCCACCAACACAAGACAAAUACUACACUUCAACAGCAAUCACCCCCUCUCUCACAAACGCAGCUGUGUCCCGUUUAUUCAAGAGGAAGUAACCUCUUAAAGAAGAGUUCGAGGAGCAUAUUGGUCUCAUCCAAACGUCGAAAAACUAUGACGUCAUGUUAGUAUUAUUGAAGUCUCUUCAACCGAAACGUCACUACAGGUGUCCUGUACGACCCCCGAUCUGUCCCCUCAGUCAAUUUCACAUAACCUCCCUGUCAUACCCUGCUGUCUCACGGAGGGGAGAUGUGUCACAGCUGCUUUUCUGUUAGAAAGGUGGCGUGGUUAGCCUCGAAUGCGGUUCUGUUUCAUCUGGCGGUCAUGUUGCGGUAGAAAUUCCUCUCAGCACCAUUGGACCCUGCCAAAUCCGGUCGGCCAAAAACCAGCCUAGACCAUUGAACUCCGGACAGCAGUUGCGUGGGGUUGUUUGGUAGACAAGCGGCCUAGUGUCCCUCUGGAUUCGAAGGUGUACUCCCGUUUGCCACUCCUCCAGCAUACCCGUCUCUCGGAUGUUAGCGAGUAAAGUUUUAUUAGAUACCCUCAGUAUCUAAAGUGCUUCUACGAUUUGUGAUUUCUUGGUGGGUAGCUGGUGUGCUAGAGACUUGCCCAGCGCUGCCUGAAGGUGUUACCGACAGUUGAUUUGCUACUGUCUAUACUGUUUCGCCAUUCGUCAGCGACAGUGACUUGCGACCAUUAAACCCCUGGCGGGGGGCAAUGGGGCCUUCUGAGUGUCACCGGAGCAAUUACGUCAUUGUGCGAAUUUCUUGGAUUCUUGUGCCAUACCUGCCUGCAUUGUUGCCUUACUUCAGAGUUAUUUCCCUCUCAAAACUUUUACUUACUUACCACUACUACUACUACUACUACUACUACUACUACUACUACUACUACAACAUACCCAGCGUCCAAUACCACUGGUGUUCAUGGUUCUUUCUCCUCCCCCUCCCCCUCCCCCCCCCCACCCUACAGUUCCUGACGGUCUUUGACAGCACGGCCAAACCCGCCGCCUUUGUAGGCCAUCCGCUUCUGCCCUGCCUGGCUGCAGCUUCCGCGGCAAGCGAGGCGACCACCACCAGCUCUGUGGGCCCCAUGUGCUCCUUCACGCCCCCUGCUCGCGACCCGCGCCUGGCCAAGUCGCCCUCCGCUCAGGCUGCUGCCAAGACGGCCGCGGACCAAUGCGCGCCGCUCAUUGAGCCACCUGCGCCCGGUCUUGCCCUCCAGCCCCUGCCGGGCCUCAAAAGGCGUCUGAAGCAGGCCUUCUGUGAGCCCGGGAAUGUCGCCAAUAACCCCGUCCUCGAUAUCCUCAACGCGGUCAUCCUGCCUGACGUUGGGCCGACUGGUAGGCUUCUGGUUUUGUCAGGCGGUGAAGGCUGGCCACCCCUUUCGUUCGGCCUUUGCGUCUCACCUUGUUGAUGCUUUUUCUGUGUUAACCUUCACAGCGUGCACUCACCUUAAGUCUAAUCUCCUACAUCAACCUCCCCGCUUUCAUUCGCUACGGUUCAGAGCGUUGUGGCAACUCGAAACACCGCGACUGCCUGUGUAUACUUCGCUUGCAACAACAUGAGUGCCUACAUGCCAUCCGAGUUAGGUUUGGCUGCGUUAAGUGGCUCCUUCUACGGGGGAUGAGGCGAGAGGUAAAUGGGAACCUGCGCGUGGAGUGAAUACUAACGGCAAAGAGGCAGAAUGAAGACGACUGCAGGUGAACGUUGAUUCACCGUCACCUGGUUCCCCGUCAGUAGAUGCACGUGCGCUCCCGCUGGGUAUACAGGUGGUGGGCAUGGCUGCCCAGUCAUCAUCCUCGUUCUUCUGACCCCUGUUGGCGUGUUGUUUUUGCUGCUGUUGUUGUCAGCCAUUUGCUGUGUGGACCAGGGGCUGUGGAGUGGAACGCCAAGGUGCGGCUUCAACUGUGCCAUCCAUCUGCGCCCCACCCUCGCCUCCGGUUUUCUUGACACUGUCUUGACACCGGGUCCAGGUGGGGAGUAAGGAUAGAGUGCGAUGGAUGCUGCGCAAGCCUACUAUUACUUUAAACUGAUUCACGCGCAAGUCACCGCAUAUGAUUCACCUUUCAGUGGAGCGCACGGUAGAGAUCGUCGAAAACGGCGGUCGAACUGUCAGUGGCGAAGACUUGUACAGCAUCUGUCACUCACUUUCUUCUCAAACCUACAAUGUUCCAUCGGAGAGGGAGACUGGCAACGAUUGGAGGUGAACUUUGACUCACUACCUGACCAGGCUUGUCACGCAAGUGCUCCUUCACCGCCUACCAGCACCACUAGACAGCCUGUGGUACAGAUAAUGAGUCUAAUGUCGCAAUUUCACCCUGCUUGAGGCCGUUGUUCAAUUGGAUAAACAGGACGACAGGUGUGUUUUGCGGGCAGGGCGGAGGCGAAUACCUGACCGUUCAUCGCGCCCCAACUCGGCUCCGGUCGGCUCAUGACUCAUUUGCGCAAGUAGUACUCGAUCAGAGGGUGAGGGCGGGAGCCAGUGAGACCGAAGCCGCUAGGGAGCACACCCAUGCAUGCAGAUCUGGAUUAUCACGGUGGGCUAGAUGGCGGAUUGUGAGAGCUUGGCGGCUGGUGGGGUGACUUGAUCCUCGCAGCUGUGAGCCAGGUUGCAAGGGCACCUGCUUAACUUGACCUCAUAGCAACGUCUACCGAUAUAACAGCUGUGGAGUGGAGUCGGACCACCGUAGGUUGGGGAAGAAACGCAUAUUGAAUGACGAGGACGAGGACAAGAUGCCCCAAGCCCACCUCUGACCAUUUCUGCCCAGUGUUGAGAUUGGAGAAUGAAGAGCAUGGUUUGAGUGAGUGCAGUGGACGGUGGGGCAGUCCCCUGCACUGAGAUCGAAUUCACGCGCAAGUCCUCAAUGCUCCCCCGGGGAGUAUUUUUGUCGAACUAUCGGGGGAGGCAUCUCUGGUUCUUUCGGGUGUGAACAUUCCAGCGCUCAUUGAUGCGCGGUGUUAACAACUGUCCACGUGUGUGCCUUCUUCACUUUUCCUACUCUGAUAGGCCUACUUGUCCAACGUCCUCCUCUUCACGCCUUCGGGGGAUGCCUGGCCAUCUUAGCUGUCAUAAUACUACCUAGGGGUAAUCUGUUUCCGACACGCUUCUGCAUCCACUUUAAAACCUAACUUAUCAGUCAUCCUCGAGAAAACACCUGACGUCCAUCGCGUUUGCGCUCUGCUAUGCAAGUUACGUUCUAUCCAGGUGAUUUUCUAUUCAUUUGUGGCUCCCAUUAGAAUGUGUUUGUCAAGUCGGCGGGCUUUCGUCUCAUUUACCACUCCGCUAACUUGUCGCUUUUGUCCAAUUCGCUCCCAUUCUACCCAAUUUUGGACACGCCAGGUUUCCUUUUCGAGCACUCCUUGUGCGCCAUUCUCUGUCUACUUCUCUUACCUGCCUUCUGUUUUAUUUGCACGUCCUUCAUUUGCGUCCCGUCCUUUAUUCCCCCUUUCUCAUGUGGCUUCCGCAUUUUUAGACUGCAUUCCUAAUGUCAGACAAUUUCUUCCCCGGCUUUCUGCCUUGCUACCGCCUUUAUCGUGAAUCCUGUAUCCCAGGCUCUUUCUCCCCCAUCGUAUUUCGGGGAACGCUCUCAUGCGUUACUUUCACCGGUUUCGGUUAACAAAGGCGAGUAAAAUCACCGUCUGUGGCAGCCAUUCGGGCCGAGCAUCGUAGUUGAGUUUAACAACAGGACCUUCUGUGCCAUCAAAAAAUCCAUUUCCCGAUCGGGUGACCGAUCGAUUUCCGCUUUGAAGACGCACAUGACAGAGUGCAUUCUUCUAACUCGGAGAUCAGCUUCUGGUAUGCCUGUUCAUCGCUUCCCGGAGCAGCAUAAUUCGGUCCUUUGAAAAAAGGCUGAGGACGUAUCAGUAAUCUCUCCAAGAGAGAUGUAUGAUCUGACUGACUGCCAGGGUAGGCCUUCAUCUCUGGGAGAGUUCAGAAUACUUGACAAUGUGACUGUCUAGGGCAUAAAACUGGGUUCAGUCAGAAGUUCGCGGUGACAUUCAUACGGUGAACCAAUGCGUGACGCUUAUGGACAUUUAAUUGGCGAGCUCGUCCUCUGCAGGCAUCAGUGAUGCUAAGGCUGAUUACAUGGUUGCAGCGAUUAGCCUCCCGUUUGCUACAGAUUUUAUUAAAAUAUCUGACAGUCAUGACGUGCAUGGUUAAUGGGCCGUCGUCUCGUUCCCCGGUAGUGUAUUAAACACUUCCGAUCAUUAUGGGGCUGUUGUUGUGAAAGUUGACGGCGAUUCCCUAUAUACAGCUCUGUGCUAUUGGCAACCAUUCUUGGGUGUUAUUAGUUCACCUGCUGUGGUCUGCGCUGCACCGUUUCAUCAGUUUGCAUAUCUGACGUGUUGUUGACGACUGAGUGGGAGCUUUGUAACUAGUUGGUACGAUGUGCCCGGAGAUGACAGAGGAAUUCGUAACCGACUGUAAAUGUAAGGGGCAGUUUGGAGGUGCCUUUGUUGUUGUUGGCUGGUGCGGCCGUUGAACAUGCAAGCACCUCUACGGAUGUCCUGGAAUCUAAGUGGACAUCCAGCGAAUGGAGGAGUGAUGCUGAUGCGUGGUUGUGAUGGAUAUGGGAACGCUGUAAGCACCACGGGGUGGGUUGAGGGGGGAACAGCAUGUGAGGACGGAGAUUGUGCAGCCGUUGAAUCGAACGCUUCGUCCGUUGAAUUCCUCGGUUGUAAUUCCGAACGCCGCCAGUUUGGCGAUUCGUUCUGCUUUGCUUAUUUGUGGGUUGCAGAAUAUGGCCCAGAGCUUCUGUAUUUGGUGAUAGUACUGUUUCGAAAGAUAGUGUCAGAUAUGUGCGUUUGUGCGUGGACACAUAGGUAUUCAAACGGACUGACUUGGGUUUGCAACGCGAUUUUACAAUGUGACUGCAGGGAGAUAUAAAUAGGCAUCCGCGACGUUUCAUAGCAUAUAUUGAGAGUUAGGGGAAAUCUGGUUCACGUUAGUUAAUGUUCCAGUUCGUGUUCAUCACGCGUAGAUGUCGCUGUGCUGCUGUUUGGCCCUUUCGGUACAGUUUUGUCCACCUGGCUUCCUUGAGUUUGGGUUGAAAUUUUUGAUCUUUCGUAGACAUUUCAUCGAUCUGCCGUUCGGUUUUCAAAAAGGGGUUCUGCGUCUCCUCUUGAUCACUUAGGAGGUGCCCUUGAUAACGUCCGCUGUAAAAUUUAGGUCCUGACCUCUUACACUGUUGCAUAGGAGGCACGCUGCACUGCUGCCGCUGCUGAUUAUGUCGUACUUUUCCCCUCUCCGUCCCCCCCCCCCCUCUUACAGAGGCACUGGUGAUUCCUCGGCCGGCUCAGCAUGGUGGACCGUUAGUCAUCGAGGCCGAUGCCAACCGUCGCCAGCGCCUGGAGUCCCUCUUCGCUGAGGGCACACUUCACCCAGGCGAUCUCAAGGGCCUGGUGGAGGCGGCUCUCUGUGGGACUGGCAUAGGAGGUCGACCCUCAUUGGCUAGUCGGUUGACCGAACAUUUGCCCGACACCUCCGAGGUCAGCUGCCUUCUAGAUGCUGCCUUCCCUCCUCUUACUGGUGCCGGCAAAAAGGCUGCGAAAAUUGCAGCGCAUCCUACAACGAGGUCGGACGCGCAGACAUCAAAGAAGACAAAAGGCAAGCAGGAGCAGGGCUCGGGUGAGUGCUUGUGCUUGCAGACAUGUCAUCGCUUCUUAUUCUUCCUGCCGCUCCCAUUUCUACGCUCCCUGAAGUAAUCACUCUCCGUUUAGUUUGUUUGUCGAUCAGAUCCCGACCUGUAUCUCGGUUUGAACCACUGGUGCAGUCCUGUUUCAUGCUGGGAUGUCCACCACGCAUUAUGCUCGGAUGAUCACGGGUUUCUUAGGAUGUCGGCUGGUGGACAUUCUUCUGAGGCUUAUGCAGUUUUACUUUAGCCUGGGAAAGAAUGCUGUCCUUUGAGAUUUCGGUAAGGCUGACUCAUAUGGUCCCCUAAACAAUACUGGUGUUGCUUUGAGCCGAUUCCCGGUGGAACUAGGGUUACGUUUAAGGUUAGGGUUAUGGUUUAGGUAGAACUUUGAUUUAAGGCUAGAUUUAAAGUUAAUGGUAAGGUAAUUCAGGGCCAAACUUAGGGUUAAGGUUGGGGAUAGUGCUAACUGUAUAGUUGAAGCUUAGGGUAGGAUUGAGGUCAAGAUCAGGGCAACAAUUUGGUUUUAUAUUAAGUUUAUUGCUGGAGAAAGAGCACAAGAAUAUUUGCCCACCCUUAUUACUUGGACAGGGUGUUCUUAUUCCCAUGUCCUGUUUAAGGGGCCAUAUAAGUCAGUCUUCCCGAAAUUUGAAACGGAAGCCCAUCUUUUUAAGUGCUUACAGUUGCCGUAUGCCGUCAUACACAUGGAAUCUGAAUUGACGUCCUUUACCGCGCUUUGAAGCUGGAGAUGGUCAACUGGUUCGUAUGAACUUGCCGUCGUUUUGGGCUCAAUGCUGCCUAGAUGAGGCUGCUAGGUUGACUGGUUGGGGACACAAAUCCAAGUUAUUUUCAAAGUAACAGCGUGCUGACCUUUAGCGGAGCAUCUUUCUACUCAACGCUAGAGAAAAGCCUAUCGGAAAAAGUACGACUUCUUUUGAAGUGGACGUCGAUCGGCCCUUCUUUACAGUAGUCCAGUUCGCUGGGGGGUUUUCGAGAGAAAGGGCGACAGACGCACUUACCCCUCGAAUUUGAAAUCGCUGUCGUAGAGACUCGUCAUAUAACCGGGGGCCCUGAAGGCGCUACCUAUGACGCAUUCCACAAAGACGCUCCGAAGCCUCAUCAGCUUCCAUGCACAUUCGCUCUGGAGGAAGGCAACGAUAUCGUCAAUUCCUAAUGACGAUAAGAGGGCGAGAGGGAGGACAGAUGCUGAUAAUGAUAGCAGCAUUCACCUUCUCGGCAUCAUUGUCGUUAGGAUAAGCAACAGCAUCAACAGUGGCAGUAUUUUGAAAGCCCUAAUCGAAGAUGGCCACCAUCACCAUCAUCAUCAUUGUUACCAUCAUAUCAUGGCUGAGGGUUUUGUGAUUUUUGUUUUUGCUGUUAUGAUACACUGGGCGGUGCCUGGUGAUUUCGAUUCUAGCCCCCGAUGUUUGUUGGCAGUGGGCUAUGGUACAGUUUGGAUCGUUGUCGCCGUUGCUGCUGAAAGAGCAACUGUCAUUACGGAUAAUUGUCGUCUAUGUGGAUGCCAGCAGGAGCGUAUCGAUGUAAUAAGCAAGGUGAUAAACCUCGAGCGCACUUCUUGUCCUGCGUACUUCAAAAAUCCGCCACGGACUGUUCACCGUGGACUGUAAUCACUCGAGGCCUGUUCACCUGGGGACCGUCGUCAGGAGUAUGCAUUGGUUUUUGAUGUUCUUGGCGGUUGCACUUCGAACUUGCUAUUAUUCGUAAGACUUAUACCGUGUCGGAGGCCAUUGUGGUACAUCUUAUUCUCUUUUACUCCCUCCUGUUGUCUAAGUCGUUCUAGUUCCUUUUUAGUCCCGACAGAAUCCAAGCGGAAACCGACUGAAUUUGAUCCCAAUCUUCUGGAGAUACGCGUUGGUCAAAUCGUCUCGGCAGAACCGGUGCGUCACCUCACAAUGUUUUUUCACCUAUUAUGUCUACUUUUGCAUUUUAGUAGAUCUUAAAUACCCUUCUAAACUGCACCUUCUACUCUAAUCCUAGCAUUUCCGUGGUUUGGUUCUGAGUAACGUGAUUUACUGUUUAAUCUAAUCCUCUUACACUACUGCCCUCCUGUAUGCAAAGCGGCCGCGUGAUGCUUAUUCCAAACUUCCUCUCAUCUGUCCGACAACUUCUGCCCUCAGGUUUUUCUGCAUUGGCUCUAUCCCUCCGACAGAACCAGUGACUGCUCCAUGAAUUUCAAUUGCCACUCGACUGGCUGCCCUCAGAAAAGCCACACUCCCGUUCGUCACACUUUCCACCCGGGUCGGACAACCUAUCGGACGAAACUCGUCGGUCUAACUCCCGGUGACCACUCGGAUUAUGCUAGUGGAUAAGGGUUACAGAUUACGCCUGGGUCUCGUUUAUCGUCAAUUGAACAAGGGGACCGUUUGCGAUUCCUUCUGAGUUCGUGCACGCAUUGACUCUCCGGCUGGCGUCUCUUAGUUUCUUACCCUAAGGGUCCGCCUUGAGGGUCGUCCUAAGAUCGCGUGAGUUCGCCCCACCUCUGUCCAUCGAUUCCGCACUCUGUCCAUGGGCCUCGCCAACACUAUGGCCACUAUGUCCGUCGAGACCUACCUCUCAUCCAUCACCUGUCUUGUGUACCUUGAUGACAUCGACGUCCAUGGUAAAUCAACUAGUCACCUGCUUAAGAACCUACAGCAAGACUCUGGUUUCACAAUCAACUCGAAAAAGUUCCGAAGACGAUAUUUUUACUGACCCCCGAAAAAGUGCAACAGACUGACUGACUACGUAGUCCAACUCUUCGAUUUGGCCCUUUACUAUCUCUGUCUUGUCUACUACUUUGCAAAUAUCACCAUCUCAUCCUCCUAGCCCCAAAGAGCGACAUUUACACUGGGAAACCAAAUGCACACUCUGUCCCCUCCCCACUCUCGCCCUGGCUGAUCCAUGAUCCAGCAUUCGUCGUAAGCACCAAUAUCAGCGAUUUCUUUAUGUGCGCAGCACUUAACCAGCAAGGACGAGACGAUCGGGAUCAUGUCUAGGACCCAACGGCGCUAUACAGCACCAAACGGUCAGAUAUGCAAUCCGCGGUUACCCCCGGCAAGCAGUUCCGACAGCCAAUUUCUGACAUGCCAUUUCUCAUCGUUAUGGACAUCUGGGUCCCAAACCGAUUACGGAUUCUCAAGACGCUGAGACACAGGUGGCCCGGUGACGCGAGUCCUAUGAAUAGUCUCAUUCCUGGAUAGAGUUUCCUUCCGAAAGCCAGCCUGGAAAUGCCAACGCUCUAUCCUAUCACCCUUCACCACUGCCGAUUUCCCAAAACAUUUCAGUCCCCCCUGCUCAAGCACAAUGGGUUUGGCUCCAGGUGGUGGUUGAACCUGCCAUUCCCUUCGUCUACGAUUGACUACAGCAUGGUUCCCUACAACCCUCUGUUCAUAAGGUGGAGGGUCCCAACUUUGAGGCCCAUUGCCCCUGGGUGUGAGGACGUUUCCUUCGUGUGAUCGACGAGGUUCUUUUACUUUAUCUCUCCUCAGGGGUCUCAUCAUGCUCAGGAUUCUUUGUCACCAUAUCACCUGAGAUGUUUACGAGCGAUUCACUUCUGUCGGGUGGACCACGCUGUUCAUAGCCGUAAGGCAGCGGUUCUGACGACGUGAAUAGUUGCGCGAUGUUUUGCCACUUUGUCAGACCGGUUUCCAGAUCGAUGACCCAGGUUGAAACUCCGGGUCCCUCUGCGACCGAUGAGGUCUGGUUUGCCCGACCAUCUUUUUGAUAUGAAAUUCAUCAGAUUCCUGUUCGAAACGCGGAAGAGCAACUGUUCUAUCCCGUUAGUCUCAGACUGCUUCUCAAUAUGCCGCCUUCUGGGAAACCCAAAUCCUAGAUCGGGAAGCGAACAUGUGCUCAGAGGCUGCACGGUAUUCCACCACCGGCGAGAGCUGGUUUAUCCUUCUUACUGCCCUUGCGUGGGAGGGAGAAAAAGCACUAACCAUCGUGAUAGCCAUCAAUUCCCCGCGCAGUGCAUCCUUCACGAAUAGCCAUGGGAUGAACAGCACGCCAGAAUGAACGCCAUCGGUAAAUACUGUGAGGCACUGCACAGAACCCUUCCUCGGACGAUGGAAGUUUAUUUGUUUUUGAAAAAUCAGGACUUUAAACCUAGGGUUCCCGUGGUCGCGACGCGCACCAUCGCUUCAGUCAACAAUACAUCCAUACUUCUACCUUUGUACAUUCGCGAUCGCAACCGACAGGGCAAAGAGCCGUGGCUCAGUGGUUAGAGCGUUGGACAGGUCGCGGGAUCGAGCCCCAGGUGUUUUACGCUUCGUGGUUGGGUAUGACUGGCUGACGACGGCCAAUAAGCCAGAAAUGGCCAUUCCAGCCUCUCUUGUCUUUGUCGGUUAUAACAUUCUGCAUAUAUAUGUAUACACUUUAGAGCCGGCAUUACCUUCACUUCAGAAGAUGAAGAUGCGAUCACUGGGGCAAGAAGUUUAUUUGCCUGACGUUUCGGAUUCUCACUCGAAUCCAUCAUCAGAGACCAUUACCUUCACUUAUCAUUUUCUUUUAUAUAUUCAUCCCCUUCUUCGGGUCAGCAUCCCAAAUCGAAGGUACACCAUGUCUGCAAGGUAUCUUUCGGUUCUGCCACCGCCCCCCGCACCGCUGUGAUUGAACUGGCCGGUUUCGAACCAGAUGGAAAUUUGGAAGGCAUUAGGUCUGUCUUCUUCGUCAAUCUUAAACCCACGGACAUUGUGGGCGUGAAAUCAGAGGUAUAUCUCGGUUUGUUCCUACCUUUCUUGUCAGGCUUUUCCGCCUAGUUGCAGCCUCAUCCGUUUUCUCUCCUGUUUAGGUCAGGAUAGUGUGCGUUCCUCGCUCUGCUGACCAGGGCCUGCAACCCUUAAUGCCGACCUCCACAACACCUUCUGGCGAUGGGGGUGAACGGCUCUACUUUCAGUCUACGCGCUCCAAGAAACAUGCCCCGCCUACUGGGGAUGUAAUCAUCGAUCCUUCGGAACCAGCCUGGAAAGCCUUUUUUGAGAACCUGUACAUAUCGGAGACCAACCAGUUGGUCUGGAUGGCCUGGACUCUGACACUUCCCUAG